GCUUUCGUGACGAUCGGACGUGUGUGCGCGCUUUUUACUAAACACGAAACUGAAAAAUUCGUAACAGCAGAAUUGAAUAAAAGCGUUUGAUAAAGUGUGUUUAAUUAUCUAAGCGUAAAUGCAGUUAACAUUUUGACAUCAAGGCAAGCAGAACAGAGCAACAACAAAUAAAUCGAAAUAAAAACAAAAGGAAUAAUAAUAAUUUGAUUUGUGUUCUAAUCAAAGCGCGCGUGAUUUUGUUUAGCACAGUGCAAAGAGUAAAACGAAACUCUCCCCUCACGUUCUGGCCGCUUCGCCUAGAACCGACCGCACAGCAAGUGUUAAAUGCAGCGGCAAAGGCGCUCAGCAGAGGAUAGAAGAAGAAUAAAAAAAGAAAAAGAGGAAGAGGAAGAGCGCUCAAGCCAGUAGCAAAUAACGGCAAAAGCGACAAGUGCACAAAACGUGACGACCGAAAAAUAUAAAAAAAAAAUAUACAAAAAAAGAAGCAACGCAAAUAAAUAUUCGCUCUUUUGUGUGUUGUGUUUGUUCUACAAUUAUUUUGUGCUACAUGUUUUGUGUUUCAUGUUAGAAUUAAGAGCAAAUAAAUGUGUAAAUGUGUGUGUAUGCUUCAAUAAAUAACCGACUACAACAAUAACAACAAAAGUACCAGUAACAACAGCAACAACAAAUUGUUUAAAUUUCAAGUUGAAUUACAAUAAAUUAUCAAUUAUUUUAUAUGUUGAGACGCACGGCUGCAGUUUUUUGGUUUGUUGCCUAAACAAUACCAACAAAAACAUUAACAACAACAACCACCAGCAGCAACAAUGACGGAACUCCAAUUGGACAACAGCCUGACAGGCGACGUCGAAGACGCUGACGCCACUGUCGUCAAGGCCAUAACAACAGCAACAGCUACAACAAAAACAACAACAACCACAGCAGCAACAACAACGCCGAAGGCCACGGUCAAACGUCGACAGUUUGCCGAAGGGGAGACCGAGGAGGGUUUUCUCUCCACAUCGCCGGACAGCGCAAAUGGGGAUGCACACGCACACACGCGCACGCACCACUCACACACACACACGCAGCCACGCGAGCUGCAGCAGAGCGGCGGCGACAGCAACGUCAACUCCGAGCCCCUUGCUACCCGCCAGCUGCUGCUGCAGGCGUUCCAUCAGUGCAACUGCGCGGACCAGUGCGUCUCCCUGAACAACAUACUGGACUGCUUCAAGGCGCCCGUGUCCGAGGAUCAGGCCUGGGCGCUUAUCUAUCAGUUCUCAUCGCUCUACCUUAAAGUGGCCGCCCAGGCGCUGCACUGCAGCAGCGACGACUACGAGGCGCAGCUGCCCACGCGUUUCGAGCUGCAUCUGCACCGCGACGGCAGCGUCCAUUUCUCCGGCAAGGAGCGGCAGCCGCAGCAACAACUUAAUACGGAUCAGAAGCAGCCGUCGUCGCCGGCCUCGCUGCCGCAUGACGACAGCGCCAGCAGCAGCGGCGACAGCAGCGUCGUCAUUGGCCGAGCCUUUGACAAUAACAAUCCGCACACGCCGCUCGUCUCCUCGCACAGAAAGAUUAUAAGUGAACUGGCAGAAGUUGUUUAUGCCGCUUUAGAUUACAAUUUUCCAGAGGACGAAGAAUGCCAAAUGUCGCAGGAACUUGAAAAUCUGUUCCACUUUAUGACAGCAGAUGAAAACGACGAUGACUGCAUUGAUGAGGGCAUUGAGGAGGGGGAUAAGCGCUGGGAGGACGAGUCCGAGGAGGAGCGCAACAAUACCAAAGAACUGGAGCAUAUAAUCGAGACCUGUAGAAACCAUAUAAAGCCCGCAUUACCAGAGAACCAUUACAAAGCCGUUUGUCGCGCCUUAGUAACGGAAACAAUAGAGCUUCGAAUAUUUCUGCAACAAAUCCUAAACAAUGAUACCGAAAAACUAAUAAAGGCAUCAGAAACAUCUCAAAGCACGCAGUAUGAGCUAGCGAAGCUGGGCUUCAACGACUGGGCACGCUUCUGGGUGCAGGUUAUCGAUGAACUGCGACGCGGUGUUCGCCUGAAGAAGCGCAACUACGAGCGCACGCCCAUCGAAUACGAGCUGACGCCCUAUGAGAUACUUAUGGGCGAUAUACGCGCCAAAAAGUACCAAUUGCGCAAGGUGAUGGUCAACGGUGAUAUACCGCCGCGCGUGAAGAAGGAUGCCCACGCGAUGAUCUUGGAGUUCAUUAGGUCACGGCCGCCAUUAAAGAAGGCCUCGGAACGCCAACUGGGCCCACCAUUGAAAUGCACGCCCUCGCCCCGGGAGCAGCUGAUGGAGUCAAUUCGCCAGGGCAAGGAGCUUAAGCAAAUAACGCCGCCCGAGACGCCACCACUUAAGGAAAAAUUGCUUCCAAAUUCGACAAACGCGACGCUGUCGCGCUCCCGGCAGCGGCUCAUCAAAGUGGAUUUCUCAAAGUUGCAGGACGACGAGCAAAUCUUCGAUGACUCCAGCAUCAGCAGCGGCAACGCCUCCACAGCAGCUGCCGCCGCCCAUCUCGCCGAGCUGCAUCGUUAUUCCCAGCCCAAAAUGCCGCCAUAUCCAAUCGGCGGCUACAUAUUGGGCGGUCAGAUGAGGCACGAGUCGCCGGCCUUGCUGAUGCGACCGAGACGCACAAGUAAGAAAGCAAAGGAUCAGCCGCCGCCGCCGCAUCAGCAGCAAGCGCAGGACGAAUAUCGCAGAUUCUACGAUAAUGCCUUGGAAUCCUAUGACCUGGCUACACAGAGCGAGUCGCGACGCGCCUCCGCCCGCCGUCACACCAUCGUUGGCUGCCAGAGCAACCUGGACGAGACGCACUCGAUGCCGCCCACGCGUCCCGAGUCCCGUCAGUCGGAUGACGUCAGCAGCUCCUCGAAAGAGCCGUUGAAGAAGACACCUGAAGCGCCACAGUCACUGGAGCAGCAGCAGCAGCAGCAGCAGACACGUGGAAUGUCUGGAACUGGAGCUGACGAGACGGCGUCGCAUUCAACAUCCUCGCUUGGCCCAUGGAACAAGUCCUUUAUGGACAAACAGACCUGGAUGGAACGUGGUGAUGAUCGGCUGUCUGUCACGCUAGCAGAGAUCGUUCACAUACGUUCCGUCAUGACCAAGGCUGAGCUAGAGGGCCUGCCCAUGGAUGUGCGCGUCAAGGAGGAUGUUGAAAAGCGUCGUGUCUGCUUUCUCUGCCUGCGCACACGCUUCUCCUUCUUUGGGCCAUGGGGCAUCCAGUGCAAGCUGUGCCAGCGCACCGUCUGCGCCAAGUGCUAUACCAAGAUGCGCAUACCCUCGGAGCAUUUUCGCAAUGUGCCGCUGGUGCUGAUCUCACCCUCGCUGCUGUCCAGCCCGGCCAGCUCGAGCACGCCAUCGCCAUCGCACCAUGCCGCCCACCACGCGCACUCCUCAUCGACGGGCAACAUCAUGGACGAUCAGUUUCCCAAAUCGCUGAUCGAGCGCCUCCUGCGUUCCGAGUCAGAUCGCAAGACUCGCAGCACAGUGGGAAGUGCACCCUCAUCGCCCAAGCACCAAAGAUCAAACAUGAGUACGCCGGGCAUCAGUGUUGGCCCAGGCUCUGCGGCUGCAGCAGCCGCUGCCACUGGCCAAGCCGUGGAGGCGUUGCACGAUCAGGCAUCCAUGUCCGCCUCCUACUCCGGGGCCAUGCGGCCGUCGGGCGUGCAUCAGUACCAGCAAAAGCAGCAGCACUACAACAACGCCAUGUCCCGCAGCAUGGAGGGACCGCGCAGUCUGCCCGUGCACAGUCCGGCCCAUCGGCCACUGUCCAACAGCAGCACUCUGGAGCGCAAAUCCCGUUUCUCGCGCGGUUUUGCCCUCUUCUCCUCGGGCAGCCAUUUGGCGCAGACGCAACAGGAUCAGAAGGAGAAUCUGCGCGGCGAGCAGGUGACCGUUUGCAACGAUUGCCAGGGCCUGGUCAAUGAGAUCACCAGCUCCGUUAAACAAAAGCGCAGCUCGGCGCGUAAUCGGACGAUACAGAAUCUCACGCUGGAUCUGACGCCUGUCUGGAAAUAAAACUCGUUACCCAGAUGAAGGCAGCCAACAGCGCACUAUUAACUACAUAGCACACAUUAUAUAUAGCUAUAUAAAUUUACAUAUGCAUAUUUUGGAUGGACUGUUGUAUACAUAAGAUGGAGAGGAAGACAAAGAGAGAGAGAGAGAGUUUGAGUUGAAGCCAGCGCCUGGAUAUCGUUGUAAAUCGUUAGAUCGUGUUAGCCUAAUGAUAAGUAAAAAAUAACCCCUAGCAAAAAGAAGGCAACGCUGUAUAUUUCUUCUUCCGACUAGGAAAUAGCUUGAGCGCGCACCCCACCAUAUACACACACUCGUAGAUAGUCUACAGAUACUACAUAAACAUAUACAUACAUAUAUAUAUAUAUAUACAUAUAGAUAAAGACAAAGAAAAACGUGCGAAAUACGAUACGAUGACGUUGUUUGUAAUUGUUUAAUUUAUGUAUAAAUGUUGAUUAAGUCUCGUAUAACUCGUAUCUACAUAUGACAAAUGCACAGACCCUAACAAAACAGCCGAACAAUACAAUAUAUAUAUAACGAAACCACAUUAGCAGUUAUUCAAGUAUAUAUAGGUUAUCAUUAUUAUCAAAUCCAAAGCACUCUAUAGCUUAUGCCUUCGAUUGCGCAUGAGCCUUAACGAUUGAAUCCUUAAGUUGAAUAUAGACAAAGUUAAGGAACUACUGUUGUAAAUUAUCUGCUUGCACAGAUCCAUUUUGUUUGAUUUCCCUGUUGGAAAUGAAGAGAAAAUUCGUUUUGUUUUUCAUUUAAGUACCCACAACCUCCUUUCAAGCUGACUUUCGCUACUCUCAUAUUCUAUAUAAACCUAUAAAUAAAUUUAAAUUGUGACUAGUUUAAAGCUAAAUAUAAUUUUACACCUAAUUCCAAUUAGAUAAUAGUUUAACUACAAGAUGAAGAAAACAAAUUUUGAAAAUUUUAUGUUUCUUUUUUUUGCGUAUUGUAAUUUGUAAAUGCAUUUAAUAAUUGUAAUUUAUGAAGUUUAUAUUAAUUUUUUAUUGUUUUUAAGUUGAAUCAUAUGUAUGUAUAUUGAUAUUGCUAUCAUUUAACAAACACACACACACACAACACACAAGAAAAGAACGAAAAUACACAAACCAGCAAUAAAAAUAAAAACUACUAAAAAAA